AAUCUAUUUCAGUUUCAAGCUCCAGAAGCAAUUGCAAAGCGUUAUUGUCUACUUACCAUGGGAAGAAGGUUCAAGAAUCGCAAGUUAAAAUUAUGGUAUAAAAAUUAUGACCCACUAGAUUCUAGAGAAAAACUAAUUUCUAAUGUCCCCACUGGUGUUCCGAAAGAUCAAUGGUCGUCAUUUGUGGACUAUCAUUUGAAACCAAGUUAUAAGGAGUUAUGCCGGAAGAAUGCUUUGGUUAGGAAAAAACAAACAAUUCCACACACCGGGGGAUCCAAACUGUUGUCUCGGAGAAGACAUGAGAUGGAGGAAGAGAUCGGACAUGCUGUAGGUCGAGGUGAACUUUAUAUUGCAACGCAUAAGAGAAAAGAUGGGUCAUAUGUUAAUGAAGAGGCAAGGACUACAGUGGAGAAAAUUCAUGAAGAAUUAAGUCAGAGCACUAAUUUUACUGAAAUUUCAAGAAAUGAUGCGGUUGCGAAAGUGUUGGGACCAGAGCACUCUGGUCGUGUUCGUGGUUUAGGCCUAGGUGGUCUUCCUAGUAUUGCAUUUGGACCCACCAUAGGAUGA